AUGGCCUACAAUCAGGCAAGAAUCAAGAACAGAGCAUUUGGAAUAGAUCUCCUGUUCACUAUGAAGGCCGCCGGCAACAACAAUAACAACAACAACAGCGGGGGCCGCCUGGGGGGCAAACCUGGGCUGGAGGCGGAGCCAUCCCUCCUGGACAAACAUCGCGCCCCCACCUCCCCCAGACAAAUCCACCCUGUUUGUGAGGAGAAGCUCCACCUGGUCGCCUACGACGGCGAAAUGGGGUACGGGGGUGAGACACUAUCUCGCGGCGGUCCAAUGUACCCCCUAGCGCCAAACAUCUGUGUGGAAGCGGGUCGCAUCGAGUUCAUAAAACCGCCGCUAGAGUGUGUGCCUCCUGCCCCACCCCCUCCCACUACCACCGAGUACAACAAGGCGCCGCUAGAUGUCAUCGUCACCCCGCCACAAGAGAAAACCGAUCUCGCUAAGGAAUGUCUGGAGGCGCGAGUGCUGGAACUGGAGGCGGCUCUGGAAGCGGAGAGGAAGGCAACCCAGAGGGAGAGGCUGCUGGCGACCAAACUGCAGAGGCAACUGGCUAGGCGCGAGGUGCUCCAGCGUGACGUGGAUCGCGAGCGUAGACUGCGGCUCGACUCCGAGUGUAGGUUACGGAACUCCGCUUCCGAAGCAGAGCGAUGUCGCGCCCGCCUCGCAACACUCCAGAGGGAGUUCUCAAGGAUGGAAGAGACUGUCCGGUCCAUGCUCCAGUAUAAGACGCGCUAUGACCAGUUGAAGCAAGAUAAACAUCAACUUACAAUAGCUUACGAGAACCGAGUUCAACAAUUCCAAAACACGUUGUCUAAGCUGAACCAGGAGAACGAGGCCCUGAAGAAACAACUCCACGCACUCGAAGCUGCCGGUGCUGGAGAGGUACAGAACGCUUUGGUGGAGCGACUCCGAGUGCUGGAACUGGACAACAGUUCGCUGACGAGAGAGAGCGAACUCCAGAGACGACAGUACGAGCGGUGUCUGGACGACGUAGCCAAUCAGGUGGUGCGAGCACUUCUGGCUCAGAAGGCUCUUCGGGAGGAAAUCGGAACAUUACAGCAGCGAGUGAGAGACUUGGAGACUCAGAACCGGACUCUGACCUCGCUACUGUUACAACAGCUGACUGCAGCCACAACCACAGAACAGCCUAGGCCUAAACCCUCUAUUAAGUUCGCCUUGCCCGCGCCAGGACGGCCGGCGAGUUGUGACGACGCACGACUACGCCGCUGGGAAGACUCUGUUGUCUGGUUGCCCUUGCAACGUCCGACCAGUCUCAGCCUGGAGACCUGCUGUCAGUACCGACAUCGGCCAGUCCCUCAGCUCGGUGGCAAGGAGGAGGAUGAAGGAAGCGAGAGCCCCGAGUCGGGGAACCGAGAUGAAGGCUACUCCACGAUGUCCAGUGAUGUCCAAGGUUUGGCAGAAGUUCCCCGCAGAGGCUUGGAGGAGCUCAAGGAGGCUUCUGAUGAGACAGACUCUGGGCCUCUUCCUCUCGAUACCACUUCAUCCUCGCCAGACAGAUUACCAGAGCCAGAUAUGGUGCUGAUUCCACUGAGUUUGGCACUGAGUGUAGGAAGUGCUGCCAACCGCCACAGUUUCCCACCAGUCAAGGAGUUGCUGCCAUUUCAACACGUAAUGCGCAGCUUCUCUGACUCCCACCUGUGCCUUAAGUUGGCACCAUCUACAGCAGCAUCUAGUUAUUCACUCGCGUCUGCCGAGUCAGUGGUUCUCCUGGAACGUCACCAGAGUGCACCACUGCACCGUGCUCGAGCCGCUGGCAGUCUGCUGGCCACCACUCUUCUAGAGGAAGAGGAUGAUUCUGGCUCUUGGUGUAGUGGUGACUGGUGGGAUGCAGACUAUGUGCAGCACUGGCUACGGCUGGACGAGACUCGUUCAGCUCUCCAGCAGCAGAUGGAGUAUGACACUGCAGAACUGGAGGACUGGAGUAUGGAGGAGGAAGUGUGGAGACGGGAACCUCUCACACACAGCCAGACCUUGCCCAGCAUCCAGGAAUCUACUCAGGCAGAAUUGGAGGAUGACUCCAGUGAGUGUCUUUGGAACUCCAGCUACUUGGUGGAUCAGCUGACAGUGCCAGAUGGAGAUACGGGUAGAGUGUGGCCAUACAACAACCGGUGUCUCAUCUCACCCGGAGGGGACUCUUGGUCUAGUGCGGGAACCUCCGAGGAUGGGCGAUCGCUCAAUGAUUGCCUCAACAGCGGGUCAAAACGCUCCUCAACUGCCUUGAGCACUGACAGUGGCGAACUUCCAGCUGUGGGGACAGAUUUUACCAGAGACUUUUAUAGAUUAGUGAAAUUCGAAAGUACAAAAAGUUUAGCAUCAACCUCCUCCCGGAGUCAAGCUGGAGGGGAUUCAUUCAGGAGAGGGGAUGUUCCGGUCAGUAUGCCCCUCUCUUCUGAUAGAGAACAAGCCUUGCAGAGUGUUCUCCACUUCAUAGCUGAGCAGCAGCAAUACGUGUUGUCUCGAGAAGUUCUAGAUACAAGACCGUCUGAAAUCAGUUUGGAGGAGAUGUCACCUGACAACAGUGAAGAGUUUUCUUCAAAAGGGACUCCAGGUGAAGCACCACAAAUCAGCGACGAAGUAAAAAUAUCAACAGUUGCGGACAGUGAAGCACAAAACAGCCUGAGAAAGAAAAGGCCACUUAGUUCAGAAACCUUUUUAAAUGAGUACAAUGCGAGUUCACAAAAAAACAGUGAAGAUUUGAAAUCUGUUCCAAAUGAUAUCUCCUGUAAAAAAGACAUAGGUACUGUUAAAAUUCCAAACGGUCCUACUUCAGAACAGGAUUCACAAAAUGAGAGUAAUGUUCCUUUAGAUAAGUUAAGAAAUAAACCUGAACUACCAGAAGAUGAAAGCCAAAGUUGUGUGAAAAACACACAAGAAAAAGUGAAAGUUACUGAGUGUUUUUUAGACCAAAACGAACAAUCAACCGUAAUAAGCAGGUCGUUAAGGGUAGAUAUCAGUAGAACAGGGUUAAGACCUGUUCCAGAAGAAGAUGAAGACCAUCCAACGAUGUCAGAAUCUUUCACCUCUACAAUAUCUACUCCUGAGACCGUCCUGAAAGUGCACUCAUUGCCGUCUUCCGACUUGGACCUAAGUGGAUCCCUUGCAGAGUCUACAGAUUCAACCACAGUCUUCUGCUCAGAUGAACCAGUUCUAGUCAAUGGACCUAAGACUAUCAGCUUUCACGAGCGAGCCACUUCCAAAGAUGUGAUCGAAGAGCUGAACCGCAUGAUCAGAAAAGGAGAAGACAACGGAGAGAUUGAAACGACUAACACUGCCACAAACCUGGACAUGGCCUGUUGCUGUCCAACUGGAUGGGUCCAUGUUGAAAGGGACAUAGAUUUCACUGACCCUAAGGCCAGAGCAAAUCUUCUAGAUGUCAUGCUUGCUGCCAGUCACAGUUCGAGCAGUGCCAGCAGCUCCAGCAAUAGCAGUAGCAGCAGCAGUAGUGCCAACAAUAGUGACAGUGGCGAGGAGCCCCCAGACUACCAACAUCUCCAUCGCUUGCAUCGAUUUCGCAGGCAAAAGAAAGCAUCAGCCACAAGAGAGCCCCUAGGAGCCUUACGAUGUUCAGCAUCGACCCCGCGCACUUCCAUCAUUGGACGAGACGAUUUCUUUGUCCGCUUUGGCGACAAGGAGCGUGAGGCUGUUGCCAGCUUUGAUUUCCUAGAAGAGUUGUCAACAACGUCGGUGAGUGGUGCAUCGUCCUGCGACCAGCCGAUCUUGACCCUCACACCACGUGGAGACACCUCACCCUCCACCGAUAGUGAGCGACGCCACCUCUCGCUCAGUGACUCUUGUGCGGCAAGUUUCUCCGGGUCUGAACCCAGCCUCGACGUCCAGUAGACAGUUCAGUAUUGUAGCCGUAAGCGUUCAUCACUCGUUAGCUAGUACCGUACUUACCACAGUUAUGGAAUCAAUAUUUAACAUGCAGUACUUUAAAUAAUUAAUUAGUUAUCGUGAUUAAAAUCUGUAUUUGUUGUAUCAACUGCCAUAAACAGUAUGUCCUUGAUUCAUAAGCUACAGUAUAACCUCGUAUUCACAAAUUCCAAGGGUUGUGAACGUAAGAACGUGUUAUUAAAUAACUUGUAGUAACAAGUUUUGCACUUUUAAGAUAUCAAAACUUUGUGAUGUUCACCUAACCUCAGUGCAAUCGGCGACAAGCAAAAAUUAAGUAAUUUCAUUAUAAUUGAACCUUUGAUCGCUAAAUUCACUUAUAUAUAUCUUCUGGUUGUUUUAAUAUAAGCAUGCUUAAAUAAAUUAGAAUAAAAAACAACAGUACAGGGUGUUAAAAAAAUAUAAAACAUUCAGCUAUGGUGUAACUACCUAGAUAAAGGUUGUUUUUGAACAUACAUUUUUUACCAUACAAAUUAAAUUAUGAAGUAUUUUAUUUUCCCUAAUGCGACCCAUUUUAAGUUUUUAAGCACAAAAUCUCUUGUUCCAGAGGCAUGUUUUAAUGACAUGGAAAAUUCACGGGAUUUUAAGAAAUUUCUGUCAAGGAGGAAAUUGUAUUGGUGAGGUUCUACUGUAUUUUAAUCUUGAAAAUUUUGAUUUAUUGGUACCGUGUUUUAUUUACCAAUUAUUAUGUAUUGUAAUGUGUUUAUAAAAAUUGUCAAUAUAACCAACAUCACGACUCCGAUAUUUAAGAUUUUCUCAAUCUAAGUGGUUAAUUUGUAUUAAAAAAUUAGUUUACACUUAUUAGUUAAUUUUAAAAACAAAAGUUACGAUUUAUGUUAAAAAAUUGUCAAUAUUUUGAUUUGUCUAAUUUAUAGUUUCAAUUAUAAAUACAAAUAAAGUAUAUUUUAUAUUGAUUAACCCACUAUGUGCUGUGUAGUACACUAUAAUUAUGUUCUUUUAUUAAUUUGCUGCUUUUAAUGUACUGAUUACAGGGAUUUAUGGUUAAUCCCAGGAUUACUGAAUAAAGAUAUGUCAGAUUCUGGUAUUGAGCCUCUUUUUAGGUGAGAUAGUUUCCAACGGUCAUUUAAUACUUAUCUCUAUUAGAAAAACAAAUAUUCUGACCAUUCUGUUUUGCUUGAAUUGCAAUAAUCUUAAAUUGUACUGAAUUGGUCAGAAUUUUCUCAAUGUCACAGUAUUAUAUUUAUCAACAAUUUAAAUUAUUUUGGAAACCGUGCAUAUACUCUCCAACAAGUUGUAAAAUAAUUUGCCGUUUUAUAUAGAUAUUGUUUACAAAAUUCCUACCAUAUUGCAACUGUCCCCAUGGUAGCAUGAAAAUGUCUAUAUAACUUCACCGAACAAGACCCAGAGAGCCCAAUUUAGGUUAAUUUGGGUUAAUUCAUUGAGGUUAAUUCACCCCGUUCCAAAGCGGUUAAUUAGAAUUAAAAUAACUUAAUGCUAUAUAACGUGGCUUGUGGAAGCAAUAGCUGAUCCAAAAAAGUCCAAACAAGUUGAAACUGGUUGCAAAAAUAAACCUUAAAAUCAUCUCAGUUUAGUUCAUUGACCAACUCAGUAUGCCAUUAUUUAUAUACCUAGAGAAAAAUUAAAUUCAUUUUGGAAUGCUUAUACCAUUUCCUACACUUUUUUUAAUUAACAAUUUUUUUGUAUCUAAUACGGUUCCAAGAUAUCAAUUACAUACAAAUCCCAUCAGAAUUUCUUAAUCAUCAAGAACUGGCUAAAGAAAUGGUACAACUUGGUACAACAUUUAUUCUUAUAAAUGUCUCGGCAACAUUCAUUGUUUAACUUGGUUUACCAUUUCAUUCUAAUAUGACUGCCAUUCAGUGUUUUAUAUGAAAUCAGAUAUUUAUGUAACUUGAACAAUAUAAAAUGUGUUCUGGAUUUUGUAUCUCAAUUUCCAGAUAUCGAUUACUCAUGUAAUUCCCAUGAUUAUUAAUAUUUCAGCCGUCACAAAAUCUACCUACUUCUGAUUUCACUCCAAGUGAGCCGGUAGGAGGGCCUUGCUUUAUAAUAUCUAAAAAAUAACAUACCAAUCAAAAUUUUAUUUCAUCUUAGCUUACUUUUAUUGCAAACAAAUUGCACCAGGGUCAUAUUAUGAUUUUAUGACAUCUACGGUGAUUUCUAGAUGGCAAACAACAUGUGAUUUGGUACAUCUAUUAUAUAUUCAAAUACCGGUACACAUAAUUCUGAACAUUCUAAAAUAUUAGAUGAAAUUGUAUCUUUUGUGACAUAAAAGUAUUUCUAUAAAUAUUCUAGUAAUCCAUAACUCAGCAGCUAGAGGGUUAAUAAAUAUAGUAUAAAAAUAUUUUAAGCAUUUCUUUGUAAUCUAAUUAUUUUUGAAUUUGUUGUAUGGUGUGAUUAAUGCAGCACAUACUUUAAUUAUUUAUAUUUAUUUCAAUGUUAUUUAUUAUUAAUAUAUACUUAUGUAUAUUUAAUUCAACAUAAUAUACGCAGACUGAUUGUAUACAUUGUAAUUAUCAUAUUUAUAUAUUGUAAUGUAGUGUAUAAAUUGUGGAUAGUGGAUUAUGGUAUAUAUUUAAUAUUUGUAUAUUUUUAUUCCUACAGAUUAUGUAUAGCCAGCUAGUCCAUGUUGAUUUCUUUUACUUGUUACUCUAGUUUUUACUACACAAUUAUGAUUUAUCGCUGUGCCUGGGCAGUCAAAACAUUCAUGUACAGCAUUGAUUUGAACACAAUCUAAAUUAAAUUUACAGUAAGCAUUUUGUUGGGCUAUACUUACAAAUUUAUUUAUUUUUUAUUUGUAAUUAUUUCGUUUUGAUUAAAUUUUAAACAAACAUAGUUUUAUUUAAUCAGCAUGUAAUGAUAGUGCCACACAGAAGAGAUGUUUUAUUUUGGUAGAGUAACUAAGAGGCAGUUAACAAAGUGUAUUUCAAAAAGAUGUUAGCAAAUAACUAAACUUAAACAAGUUUGUCUACACAAAAACUUUUCUUUAAAAAUAUACUUUCUGUUAUGUUAAAUAUUUUACAGAUUUAGAUGAGAGAAGUUCAAUAUCUCAUCUGGAAACUUAAAAGUAAAUUCAUUAACAUUAAGAAUGUAACAUUUAAAUAUUUUAACGUAGAUCUUCCAAUGUAUUUCUUGUUGGUUAUUUAUAGAUCAAUAAAUAACACCUUAAUUGUGUAGUAAGAAUGAAAGUAUCAUAAGUGUGUUGUUUUAAUUUGUUGUUAAUAUUAAAGAGAGGGUAAUCAUUUAACAAGGUUGUACUGCAGGUUGUGUGCUGUAAUAUAGCUUCUGGUAAAUUUUUGUAAGUGAGAAAAUAUAUCAUUAAUUUUUCACCCUUAACACUUUUAGUCAGUUAGUUUUAAAGUGAAUCAUUUCAAAAACUAAAAUUCUGAAUUUUAAAUAUUUUGAACUUUUAAAGAUGUCAGAACACCCCUCUCCCUCCUUAAUAAUUUGAUUAAUUGAUUGGCUUUUCCUACUUAUACAAAGGUAGAGAAAUCUGUAGUUCCUUCUAUUGCAAUUACCAACAAGAGAAAUACAUUUAUAUAGAUAGUACCCACGAGUUCAAGAUUAUCAAAUAAAAAGAAUAAAUAUUUUCAAUUUUUUGAGAGAAAACCUAAUAUACCAGUUGAACACAUUCACAACAACGGCUUUUUUCAGGAUUUUUAUUUUCCGUCAAACUUUUCAAUAAUAAUGGCAGAAAACUGUAAUUAGUUUGUUUACAUCAAACGUCUAAGUAUAAUGAGAAAGGUAUGUAGGCUUCAAAAUUUUGCCCAAAAACAAUUAUUUCAUUAUGUUUUUUUAAAUUUUUCUCUGAGUACCCGGGGUACAAAAAAAAAAAACUAAUUUACCUUGAAAAUUAAGAAAUCAUGCACCCGGGAUAGUCUGAGUUAUAUAUUUAAUCACGGGAUCAAAUUAAACGAACCACUCAGACAGGCAAACAAAAAAAAAAAUCGUAAUAAGGAAAUGCAAAGCAACGUGUCAGGCACACAAUGCAUUUUACGAAAGCCCAGUGCGUACCUGAUGGGGUCUUGAACGUGUUAAAUUAAAUAGAAGUUACCAUUUUAUUCUAAAAUUUAUGUACUAUCUACUGAAAUUAAGUGGAAAAUACCAUAAUUAUAAAAGGUAUUAACUAUCAUUGAGGUAGUUUGAUCAAUUAAAUAAACCAUUCUUCAUUAAUAUGAAAUUCUACAAAAUUAAACAAGAUCAGAAAUUUUACUAAAGAGAUCAGCGUAAUAAUUGUGUUUUAAAGUUUUAUUGUUGAUAAAGGACUCCUGCUAGACAAUAUAACCUUACAUGGUUAACUGUUUAGUCUCAUUAGUCAUGUAAUCUUUUGGCCUAUAAAUAUACUGUUAUGGUAAUGAGAACAGAAUCACUACUAGAUAAUAUUUUUUUAAGAGAUUCAUUCAAUGCAUGUAGCAUUUUAAUCAGCUGUUCCAAACAUUUUUGAGGGUAAACAAUCCAAACCCAUUUUGUUAACUGAGAUAUAGCAUUACUAAGCAUUAUGAUAAUUAUUGCAAAUUGGUAACCUAACCUCAACUAUUGUUUAAUUGAAGGAGGCCUUUUGUUUUGAAACACUGUGAAAGUAGAGUUACAUGAACUACUGUACCUAAGACAUUGUUUGAAACUUCUAUACAGCACUCGAGGGAUUACUGCAACUUGUCUUUGCCGUAGUGUGCAACAUCUACUUUUGUUGUAAUGGAAGCUAUUAAUUUGUUACAGCCAUUACAUAAGAAGUUAUGUAGAAUUAUGUAUAACCAUUACAUAUUGUGUGCUUACGAGUAUAACAAAUUCUAUUCAUUUCAACUAGUGGUAUAAUGUUAUCAAGAGGAGGAAACGGUUUAAUCGUCACAUAAUUUAGAGAUUUUUUUUAGUUUUUUUAGAGCAGUCCACAGAGUUUGCCUCUGCUUGCUUCACUCGGUAAUCAUGUUCAUGUAUCAUAACUUUGAACAAACUACUUUGAUUUUCAUAACCACCAAACUAACUACUGAAAACUAUACUUACUCCAUUCAAAACCCAGUUGGGCUUUUGCUUCACCAGCAAUGCACUUCCAAUGCUUUUCCAUCUUGGUUUAUUCCAAAAUUUUUUCCCAUCUUCCUCAAGUCUGCUCCUAUGUGAUCUCUCCAUCUUAUUCUUAGUCUUCCCUUGAUCUCAUUUCCUCUGGUCUUCUUUCCCACACUCUUCAAAUGACCGAUUCCUUAUCCCCUCUAUCAGCAUGGCCCAGCCAUUUUAAUCAUCUGCUUCUUACAAGAGCAACCACAUCUGGUUCCCAGUACAAGUCUCUUAGUUUCCUUUUUUUCCCAUUCUUUUUCCUCUUGGAUAGGGCCACAAAUUUCUUCUUGGCUGAGGUCUAUAGUUACAUUAGUUAUCUACUCAUAAAAAAUAAUUCUACACAUAUCAGUGGCAACUAAAUUGCAUUAUAAAAAGUUUGGUGGUUGUAAAAGCUAAGGAAACCCCUCCUCACAUUUCGUACAAACCACAGAUUUUUCAUUUUUCCGCCCGGUUUUGCAAAAUUCAUUACUGAUAAGCUGGUAGAUAAAUUUAUUUUAGAGGACUGUCACACAUGUGAGACAAGUAGAUUAGAGAUCACAUUACUAAUUUCAUUCCCAGACUGGUAAUUUAUAUAUAAUCUUAAAAUAUAAACUUUUAAUGAUAAUUCACUAAUUAAAGAAACAAAAACGUAAUAAUUAAGUACUUUUUGACAUACCUUGAAAUUACAAUAAAUAAUCCACAUGUUUCAAGUUGUUAACAUAUCUCAAAUUGAUAUUACAGUCUUUCCAUUUGACUACAGCAUUUCAGUCAGCCUUUUAGUAUUUUAUUUCUUGGCAUCAAUGAAACUCCCCUGUUAGGUUCUGGAACUUUUUUGGAACAGACCACAACAAAGAAUACAUUUAAAUAUGGUACUUACUAUAGUGCAAUAACUUUUUUUAGAGUAACGAUUUUAAUUAAAAUAAAAAAAAAAUCUUUUAAGACACAGAAGCUGUAUUAGGAACUGGAAUUUAUGUGUGGUGAUAUUACUUAUGUAGAUUUUCAUUUUGUUCUGGCUAUUACUCAUAAAAGUAACUCGUGAUAACUAUUAGAAACAAAUGGGAGAGCACUCGGCUCGUACGUUUGUUAGGCUAGGUCAAAGUGCAAUUGUCCCCCUGUGUAGAUAGACUCCAUGUAAAUAACCGACCUUUGUAUUAUCUGUCUCAUUUCUACAAUUAUUAUGGAAUAAUAAACAUGUUUAUUAAGACAUAUUA